AUGCCGGUGACGGUGACCCUGGCCGGCCCGGCCCCUUGGGGCUUCCGCAUCACCGGGGGAAGGGACUUUGGCAAACCCAUCACCGUCUCCAAGGUGACGGAGCAUGGGAAGGCGGCCGCGGGCGACCUCCGUCCAGGGGACGUCAUCGUCGCCAUCAACGGGGAGAGCGCAGCUGAGAUGCUCAACGUGGAGGCGCAGAAUAAGAUCAAGCAGAGCCCUGGGCAGCUCCGGCUGCAGGUGGAGAGGUCCCCGGUGCCACCUCCCAGCCACGCCAACGGGGACGCCUCACCGGAGAGGCUGGCCACACGCUUCCAGGACACGCUGCGGAUGCAGGAAGAGAGCCAGGGCGCCCUGAGACCCUCCUACUCCAGCCCGGCAUCCCUCAGCCCCCCGCCCCGCAGCAGCAGCCUGGGCUCGGAGUCGGCCAUGCGACGUUUGGAGGAGGAUUCGGAGGUCUACAAGAUGUUGCAGGAGAACCGGGAGCUGCGGGCGGCCCCGCGGCAGUCCAGCACUUUCCGCCUGUUGCAGGAGGCUCUGGAGGACGAGGGCGGAGCUGGCCCCGCAGCCCCUUUCCCCAGCCGGCUCUCGCCCAGCACCCGCAAGCCCGUGGCCGGCGUCCAGAAGCUGCACGUCUGCGAGAAGUGCGGCAGCACCAUCGCGACGCAGGCGGUGAGGAUCCAGGACGGCCGCUACCGGCACCCGUCCUGCUACGCCUGCGCCGACUGCGGCCUCAACCUGAAGAUGCGGGGGCACUUCUGGGGCCCGUCGCCGGCUGGGGUGGCUAUAAAAGGGAGCGCCGGGACGCGCGCCCGGCAGUCGGCUCCGGCUCUUGGCAAUGUGGGGUGGCUCCCGCACCGUCUGGAAGAGGAGGUUCAGCUGCUGUGA